GGCCUUCCCUUAUGAAACACUACAGCCCCACCGACUACGUCAAUUGGUUGGAAGAGUAUAAAGUUCGGCAAAAAGCUGGGUUAGAGGCCCGGAAGAUUGUAGCCUCCUUCUCCAAGAGGUUCUUUUCCGAGCACGUCCCUUGUAACGGUUUUAGUGACAUUGAGAAUCUCGAGGGGCCAGAGAUAUUUUUUGAGGAUGAACUGGUGUGUAUCCUAAAUAUGGAAGGAAGGAAAGCUUUGACCUGGAAGUACUACGCCAAAAAAAUCCUUUACUACCUACGACAACAGAAAAUUUUAAACAAUCUUAAGGCUUUUCUUCAGCAUUCGGAUGACUAUGAAUCGUAUCUCGAAGGUGCUGUGUUUAUCGACCAGUACUGCAACCCUCUCUCCGAAAUCAGCCUCGGAGACAUCCAGGCCCAGAUCGGCAGCAUCGUGGAGCUCGUGCGCAAGAGCCUGCGUGGCAUCAACAGCCGCCACCCCAGUUUGGCCUUCAAGGCAGGUGAGUCCUCCAUGGUGAUGGAGCUAGAGCUCCAGAGCCAGGUGCUGGACGCCAUGAACUACGUCCUGUAUGACCAGCUGAAGUUCAAGGGGAACCGCAUGGACUACUAUAACGCCCUCAACUUAUAUAUGCAUCAGGUUCUGAUCCGCAGAACAGGGAUCCCAAUCAGCAUGUCUCUGCUCUACAUGACCAUUGCCCGGCAGUUGGGGGUCCCUCUGGAACCUGUCAACUUCCCAAGUCACUUCUUACUGAGGUGGUGCCAAGGCGCGGAAGGGGCCAACCUGGACAUCUUCGACUACAUCUACAUUGAUGCUUUUGGGAAAGGCAGGCAGCUGACGGUGAAGGAGUGUGAAUACUUGAUCGGCCAGCACGUGACUGCAGCGCUGUAUGGGGUGGUCAACGUGAAGAAGGUGCUGCAGCGAAUGGUGGGGAACCUUUUGAGCCUGGGAAAGCGGGAAGGCAUCGACCAGUCGUACCAGCUCCUGCGAGACUCACUGGACCUGUACCUGGCGAUGUACCCCGACCAGGUGCAGCUCCUCCUCCUCCAAGCCAGGCUCUACUUCCACCUGGGGAUCUGGCCGGAGAAGUCUUUCUGUCUUGUCUUGAAGGUGCUUGACAUCCUCCAGCACAUUCAGACCCUGGACCCCGGGCAGCACGGGGCCGUGGGUUACCUGGUGCAGCACACACUAGAGCACAUUGAGCGCAAGAAGGAGGACGUGGGCGUGGAGGUGAAGCUCCGUUCCCACGAGAAGCACAGGGAUGUCUGCUACUCCAUUGGGCUCAUUAUGAAGCAUAAGAGGUAUGGCUAUAACUGUGUCAUCUACGGCUGGGACCCCACCUGCAUGAUGGGACACGAGUGGAUUCGAAACAUGAACGUCCACAGCCUGCCUCACGGCCAUCACCAGCCUUUCUACAAUGUUCUGGUGGAGGAUGGUUCUUGCCGCUAUGCAGCCCAAGAAAACUUGGAAUAUAAUGUGGAGCCUCAAGAAAUCUCGCACCCCGAUGUCGGACGCUAUUUCUCAGAGUUUACUGGUACCCACUACAUCCCGAACGCAGAGCUGGAGCUCCGCUACCCGGAGGAUCUGGAGUCUGUCUACGAAACGGUGCAGAACAUUUACAGUGCGAAGAAGGAGAACGCAGAGUAAAGGCCAGUAGAGGACAUUGUGCCUUUGCUGCUGCUGCUACUUCCAGGAGAACAGGACUCCAGGAGUCCCUGGGUCCCUUUGGACAUGACCACCAGGCAGCCCCUUGGUCCGGAGUGCUGGUUGCCUCCCACCAGGGGAAGUGGCCCGUGCUCUCCUCAGCUGCAAAGACAAUGUCGCUCUCCGCUUCCACUAGUGAAUCCUUGGCAAGGCCUGUUCGGUGGCAUGGCUUGUCUGCUUGUCUGUGGUGACAGUCUGUGACGUUCUGUCUUCAUGAGGGCUCACAGUCGACACGAGUCUAAUCGUUCCUUAGCUCCCUCUCAGUAGUCUGUCUCGCACUUAUCUCGACGUUUCAUUUGCUGGCGACGGGCUCAUACGUUUGCGACGAUUCCUCCCUGAUUUCUCUGUGGCCCAGGCGCAGUCCUGAGUCAGGGUCAUUGGUCUUUUCAGCCUGAAUUUAGCUGCUUAUUCAGAGGUGAAGCUAAGUGAGUUUGGCAGCAUCUUGGAGAUGAGCAAUGUAGUGCUAAUCAGAAUCGUUUGCCUUUAUUUUUUCUAAUGUGUGAAACCGAUUUCAGGCACUUGUCUUUGUCUGUAUUUGAAUUAGAAGAAUAACAGUUUUCCCUCUUGGAUUUACGCUCCUGUCGCUAUGAACCAUUAGUUUUCCACUUUGUUACAUGGAAUUCUUUGAGGAAAUGCAUAAUAAUGGCCUUGGUGAUGGAUUUUUCCAUGUUCAUCUACUAUUCCUCCCUUUAAAGUAACUUUUUUUAUGUUAAUACUCUCCAGUAGCAUGAGUAGGUCUUAAAUCAGUGAUGGCUUCUCUUCAUAGUAGGAAGUACAAUCUGAUGUUAAAAUGUUUGCUUUUAGAAAUUAUACUUCGAGGUCUUCAAAGACCUAAAAAUGAGACUUCACUUCUAUAACCAGAAGAAAAAUGAACCUCAAAAAUGAAAAGAGGAGGUCCCGUGCCCCCGUCAUUUCUGAGUGUCACAUGGAGACCUCUCUGAGUGUGGCAGGGUAUAGCAAGUAACACAUCUUUCAUCUUAAGAGCGUCUGGUCCACGGCAAAAGAAACGAGUGUCGUCUGCUCUCUUGACGCCAUGGCCGUGACGGCACCGGGGGAAGCCUGCACUCCGAGUCCCCUGGGGAAUCGGACCGCUCACUCAGCCCGCCCCCCUCCCGCCCCCACCGUGUUCUUAGUAACCGAGCACUGACAGUUCCACUCUGUGCAGCUCUGGAACUCCCACCACAACCGCCAGGUCUCCUGCCAGCUAGUCUUGUAGUUCACCAGUCGAGGCUGGUGUCUGGAGUUAGGGCCUCAUGACGGACGUCACUCUCUAAGUCUGAGAAUCCAGUUGAUCUAAUGCCUGAGGCUCUGGAGGGCAGGGAUCCAGUCACUCUUGCUGCCUGUGCUCAUUUGAGUGCAGGAUUUUCAUACCAUGUUGGAUGACUGCCUUCCAUUGGUCCUUAAUAAGCCCUGAGGUGACUGAGGUUUGGGGACGCUACCCGAGACUCUAGCAAGUGACGGCUGAGUUAAUAAGCAUUUGUUAGAAAACGAUGGCGAUUUGGCCAGCCUGCCCCUUCCAGCCUGAACUCGCUAUCACCCGGUAUCCAUGGUCCUCAUCAAAUCCACAGUCAGACCAUUAGGACUUGCAUUUGAAAUUGUGACCACUCACAGCACCCGCCUGCCUGAGGCCGGGGGCUUUCACACUACUCAUUUAAAGGUGAAAAUGAGAAACUGUGGAGUAAAUGUUAACCAGGUGCAUUACAGAGAAACCGUGGAGCAUGCUGAGAAUUAUGCUUGUUGGUUUUCCGGUUUGACUUCUUUUCUCGUAGAGUAACAUCGAGGCCAAGAAAGAUAAGAUGGUUUUCCCUUUAGUGACCCGUGUAAAUAUGUAUCUAGACUGUUUUUAAAUGUUUCUUCACGGAUGCUUCAUCUGGCUCCAGGAGGCCUCUGUCACCUGUGUAAGUGGUAUUUGGGCACUUUAUAUUUUUCUAAAAAUGUGGUUUUGGAACCUGUACUCUAAUAAAUCAUAAGUUUCUUUUUAAAAUUUUUCCAAAGUUUUCUCCAUUUAAGAAAAACCCUGUUAUAAAAGUAGAACUUUUGCAAUGUUAAAAUAUUAAAUAUUUGGAUAUAGUAACUUCUUUUCUCUUCCAAUGAAAGCCAAGAUUUUUUUUUUUAUAUAUAUACAAUGAUUAAUAAAUGGAACUCCUCCGGGAACACCACAUGAAGGGCCUGGCCGAGUUUGUCCCAGGACAGAGGCCCUGCCAGGCCCUGUCGCAGAAUGUUUCCCAUCUCUUCUGAUCAAAAAUUUGCUCUGCUGAAACUUCUGACAUUGGUGAGUGGACAGGGUAUCUUUAAACUGAGAUUUACCUGCCAAACCUGAGUUUUAUAAGCUCUCGAGGAAUCUUGCGAGUAUCUGGUUAUAAUGGAAAGACUGCAGCUUUUCAGUUCUGUUAAAAGUGUGUGUUUGUAAAACGAGAACUUCAAAAGCUUUGAGGGAAGCCCAGGUUCUCGGUGUGUCGUUAAUGUGGACCCGAAAGCUGCGCGACAGGCCGCCCGACCAGAAUGUCCUGCCGAGUGCUGAUGCUCCGCGAUGUCACCGCGCAUCGUGUGGGAGGAAACUGUCGUGGGCUAAACAGUCACCCGGGCCCUGCAGUGCUGCGGCGCGUUGUGACUCCAGGAGUGUGUGCUGCGCCUGCCUUCCUGACGUCCCAGCUUGGGACGUCCCCCUGGACAGGCACACGUGCCCGUGGUGUCCCAGGGUCCCGUGUGCACAGACCUCCUCUGGGAAACGCUGUCUCGGUGACACCAGUCACGCCCAACACUAAUCUCUACCGUGUCGUUGUGAGACCAGUUCUGCCGAGCGUCACCCACCCAGUCGGAUUCUGAAAGGCCGGCUUUUGUUGUCUCUGCCUGAACCCUGUCGUAGAUCUCCAUUGCAAGUGCAUUUACCCAGCAACAGUGUUCCCUUGCGACAGCCAGCGCCCAGUCCUGUCGCCGAGUCAGUUUACUCUCUUUCCGUACCUACUUAAUGUCUAACUCACAACGUCAAAUGUCGCGGUCUUCCCCGACGCGUUAGAUGGAGUCGCGCCUCCAUGUUCUGCUGCCAGCAGGUCCCUUUGCUAUCAAGGGAGCUACUCCUUUCUCUCGGUCAUGAACUUGAACUGCCAGCAACUUUUCAUUUGAAAGAUCUUGUGUCCAUAAUAAUAAUCAAGAUGUUUGUUGUUUCUGGGAGGGAAGGGGAGACUGUUCACCUAGAGGAAAUGAGGAACCCGUCACGUGGCAGUUGAUUUUUGAAAACACUAAUGGCUGUGUGCAUGCAUCACUUUGUCUUGCUUGCUUCCUUUGAGCCAGGCACUGGCCUGCACUGUGGUGGCCCUCACAGCAACCCUGUAAGGCAGGGCCGGCGGGUGACGAUUUGUCCGGCCUGCACAUGGUCUCAGUCACAUAUUCUUCUCUGUUUUUAAAAACGUACAAACAUCCUGAGCUCGAGGGCUGUACAGAAGCAGGCGCAGGCCGGAUGCGGCCCCCGGGCAUCGUUUGCUGACCCCGGCCGAGGGGCGGGCCUGCCUGGCUUUCCGCUCACUGUACAGACGGGGAAUCGCGCACCCUGCUUGUUUGUAGGUGGGAAACCUGGCAUUUGACAGCCACACUACCGACUACCUCGCAAUGUUUUUAUCCUUUGCCUUGCAGCAACUUUAACUUCUUACCUUUCACUUCUGAAAUUUAGAAUCAAGAGAAAAGGACAUUCCUGCGGUGAUUCAAAUGAUGUGCAAUUAUAGCAUAAAUGUACUAUGGCCAUUUAGCAAUGAUUGUAUUAGGGUAAUGCUACUUCUGUAAUAAAUAGACCUAAAAAUA